CAAGACGCACUGCUACUUAGUGCAAAGAUGAAGAGGACAGAUGCGCUGGCACAUCUGGAGAAGCUAGUCAGUGGACUGCAGGACUUUCUCCAAACCAAGCAAAAUGUCCACAAGGAGAUCAAGUCGAAGUCGACGAACAUCUGCAGUGCCCUGAGAAGGUUUAAGAAACUGGACAAAGAGUGGCAGGACAUUCAACAGCAACACGGUAAUGUCGUGAUGAAGACGAUUGCGACAGCGGUUUCACCUGCAAAAGCCGACACGUUUGUCGAAGAGAUGGACACAGGUGGCGAGGGUGACGUCGAGUCAGUUGUCGAAAACGGAGAGGAAACUGGAAUUGAUAUCAGGCCUGGGAAAAGGAAGGAACGAAAUUCCCCAGACUCAAUGACCAGCCGUACUAAGAAGAAGAAGAAGGACCUUAGACAAAGUCCUCCGAAAAACGCGGUAACACAGAACGGCGUAAAAAAAAGAGGUGAAUGA